AUGCAAGGUGAGGUACAGGCCUCCACAUAUCCUGGUCGUAUUAUUGUCACCGAACCAAAGGGAAUGGUACAGCCGCGUAUAAAUGUGGAAAAACAUUCAAUGCGUCAUGUUGUGCUUAAUGGUCAGACAACGUUGCCAUGUAUUGCUCAAGGUCAUCCAGUGCCAACAUACAGAUGGUUUAAGGAAGAGAAUGAACAAUUAUUACCAUUGCAAUUAAGUGACCGCAUAACAAUUGUAUCUGCCGGAUUGCUGAAAAUCAGCAAGGCACGUCUCGAUGACACAGGUAAAUAUCUGUGUUGGGUUAAUAACACGGCUGGCGAGGAGACAAUACAAGUCUCAUUAACUGUUACAGCGCCUUUAACAGCCCAUCUUCAGCCACAAGUACAAACAGUAGAUGUUGAUAAAGAUGCACAAUUUCAAUGUAUUGUAACCGGACAUCCGGUGCAUGAUGUAAAUUGGUUACAUGAUGGUAAACCCAUACUAAGAGACAAUCGUGUUGAGAUUCUUUCAGAUCCUCCUCGCCUUAUUAUUAAAAAGGUACAAAAAGAUGAUCCCGGCAUGUAUCAAUGUUUUGUAUCUAACGAAUGGGAACAAAUACAAUCAACAGCGGAACUACAAUUAGGAGAUGCCUCACCAGAAUUACUUUAUUGGUUUUCGGAGCAAACACUACAACCAGGUCCAACAGUAUCUUUAAAAUGUGUCGCAACAGGCAAUCCUUUGCCACAAUUUACCUGGACUUUGGAUGGAUUUCCAAUUCCAGAUAAUUCACGUUUUUUAGUUGGUCAAUAUGUUACGAUCCAUGAUGAUGUCAUUAGUCAUGUCAAUGUAACCAAUGUCAAGGAAGAAGAUGGUGGAGAGUACACUUGUACGGCUCAGAAUGCUAUUGGCAAAGUAUCACAUAGUGCCAAAGUUAACAUUUAUGGUUUACCUCAUAUACGUGAAAUGCCUAAAAUUACUGGUAUAUCUGGCCAUGAUUUAAUUGUAAAAUGCCCAGUGGCUGGCUAUCCAAUUGACAAAAUACACUGGGAGAGAGAUGGCCAAACUUUGCCCAUAAAUCGUCGACAGCGAGCUUACAACAAUGGCACUUUAAUCAUAGAACAAUUGCAAAGAUUAGAGGAUGCGGGCACUUAUACGUGUAUGGCACAGAAUAAACAAAAACAAACUUCAAGACGAAAUGUUGAGAUACAAGUACUGGUGCCACCGAAAAUCAUGCCCAUACAAGCCAUGACCAAUAUGUUAAGAGAGGGCAUGAGGGCAGCUAUAUCAUGUCAAAUAUUAGAAGGUGAUCUACCGGUCAGUUUUCGAUGGGAACGUAAUGGUAAACCUUUAAUAGGAACUGGCAAUGAAGUCAUUAGACGUUUAGACGAAUACUCAGCCAGUUUAGUUAUAGAACAUAUCACGUCAGAACAUUCGGGCAAUUAUACAUGCAUAGCACAAAAUGUUGCGGGCACUGAACGUUUUAUGGUGCCUUUAUCGGUUAAUGUACCACCUAAAUGGAUUUUAGAACCCAAAGAUGCCAGCGCUCAAGCUGGUGAUGAUGUUUUCCUACACUGCCAAUCAUCGGGUUAUCCGAAACCCACCAUAACCUGGAAAAAGGCCAUAGGGCCCACACCCGGUGAAUAUAAGGACUUUAUCUACGAACCCACCGUACAACUAUUUGCUAAUGGCACCAUACACUUUAAGAAAAUUAGCAAAGAAUCUCAGGGUCAUUUUUUGUGUGAGGCCAAGAAUAAUAUCGGUUCAGGUGUGAGUAAGGUGAUAUUUUUAAAAGUUAAUGUUCCCGCUCACUUCCAAACGAAAUCGAAACAAAUUUCUGUUGCUAAGGGCAAACAAGUUCAUAUACAAUGCAACGUUCAAGGCGACAAUCCAAUUGAUAUUCAAUGGAAAUUGCAAGCAACACAGCAGACUAUUGAUGAAUCUAUGGAUACAAGAUACACAAUACGUGAUCAGAUACUUGAUGAUGGCAUGGUAUCUGAAUUAGGUAUUACACAUACAUAUCGCCAGGAUACUGGCAUUUAUAUUUGUCAUGCUACUAAUACAUUUGGAGAGGUGAGUCUUGUUUUUUUUUUUUCUUGUACAUUUAAUUUUGUGUUUCUGAUCAUAGAUAUAGCAUACAAACAGUUAAAAAGGACAUGCAUGAAAUUCACUACGCGCGAACAGUCAAAAAAAGAUCCUGAGGUUGUGAAAUCCAAUAAUCAGUAUGCUACUAUUGAAAAUCUAAACAAGUACACCAACUAUACUGUAUGGGUGGUGGCCUAUACUAAAGUGGGAGAUGGUGUUAAAACCAAACCAUUCUAUUGUCGAACAAAUGAGGAUGUACCCUCAGCACCACAUGCUAUUAAAGCGAUACCAGCUUCAAGUACAAAAAUUAUCAUAUCCUGGUUGCCGCCUGAAUAUCCAAAUGGUGAUAUAACCGGAUACACCUUUUAUAUGUCCAUGUUGGAGGGUGGACGAGAGGAGGGUACUCAUAAACGUAUACUGGGUCCAUAUGUGGAAAUGCAUGAAACACAACGUACACAGGAAUCGGCCACUUAUCAAUUUUGGCUGACUGCCUCUACCAAAGUGGGAGAGGGUGAAAAAACGGAUGUUGUUACAGUGCCACCAAAUAAUAAAGUACCUGCUCGUAUUGUGUCAUUUAGUCAGCGUGUCAUAACGCCUUGGAAGGAAAACUUAGAGUUAACAUGUCGUAAAGUAGGCUCACCGGCUCCGGUAACAAUAUGGCGUUUAGAUGGCCAUAAUCUAGAAACUAAUGCCCGCAAAACUAUUGCUAAAAAUGGCACACUCUACAUACGUGAAACUCAGGCCACCGAUGCGGGCAACUAUACUUGCAGUGUAGAGAAUACCUGGGGUAAAGAUGAAAUCAUAUAUAGUGUUGUUGUCAAGGUGCCGCCAGAAGCUCCUAAUCUUACCGUGGUUACAGCCUACUCGGAUAGUUUGCUAUUAGAAUGGUCUGAUAACAAUAAUGGCGGUAGUCCCAUAUUGGGCUAUGUCAUUAACUAUAAACGCGAUAAUGGUGAUUGGGAAGAAUUACAAGUGGAUGCAAAGUCCUAUUCACAUUUAUUAAGUAAUCUUUGGUGUGGCACCCGUUAUCAAUUGUACAUAACAGCCUAUAAUAAAAUUGGCACCGGUUUACCCUGUGACAUUGUCAAUACCCAUACGAAGGGUAAUCCACCCGUACAGCCAAAACAUUCCCAAAUGAUAACGAAUAAUUCUACUAGUGUUACCUGUUGGCUAGAUUCAUGGGGUGAUGGUGGUUGUGGUAUUUUAUAUUUUAUGAUUGAAUCGAGAAUUUAUGGAAGAUCAACUUGGACUGUUGUCUCGAGUCAUAUACCACCGACAGAACGUAUAUAUACGGUUAGUGAUUUAGUACCUGGUACUAAGUAUCAACUUAGAGUAACAGCGCACAAUAAUGCCGGCUCCACAACAGCGGUAUAUAAUUUUACUACUUUAUCACCCCAGGGAGUUAUUUAUAAUACUGAUUCGAAUGCUAUGUCUCCCAUGACCGAUAGCCCCUUUUAUGCUAAUAUCAAAGUAUUACUGCCGGUGUGUUUGUCGUUAAUCAUGUUAUUAGGCCUAUUGGGGGCUGUAUUUGUUAUAAGAAGAAAAAAAAUGAGUAACAAUCAAUCACGUUUGGCCUCUUCGUCUAUGUCGGAAACACCUUCACUUACCCAGCUGCAAAAUAAACAAAAUCGUGAUCAACAAUAUCUAGCAGUCAGAUGUAAUCCAAAUGUAGGACCACCAAGAGGCUCUAAUUCCAAUGAUUCGGGGAGUUUUGGGAAAGCAGAAAGUAAUGAAUACAUAGAGGAUAUAUGUCCCUAUGCCACCUUUCAACUAAAUAAACAACCUUACAGUGAAAGUUCUUACAGUGGUAAUGUAUACAGUGGACCUUAUCAUUCGGUAAGAGGAUCAUUUGUAUAUCAUGAUGUAAAACCGGAAAGUUAUCAUUCUAAAGAACCUGAAUACACUAAAGUGCGCCGAAAGGUGGGCCGUUUAAGGGAUCCCCAUUCAGAAAGUCAAGAAUAUGACACACUCGGCUCUGAAUCGGAUAAUGAUGUAUCAGCACGAGCUAUGAACUCGGCUAAAUAUAGACCACAAAGAGAGACCCAAGAUGAAUCGUCUUCCUCAUCGGAUGCCACACCCACUAGCAUGUCACGCAAAUCCAAACCACCUUAUAGUAAUCGUAAAACAGCUAAAACCGGCACUACCAGCAAAAGACACAUACGUUCGUCGAGUGGUUACUCGAGUAAUCAUGAUGAAACUACAUUUAGCAUUGCCAACUUUCCACCCAACUAUCAAGAUCACAUAAAUCCACCUGCUCGUUUUUCCGAUGAAAAAUCAAAAGCCCAAACUUCACCACGCAUACGUGCCAAUUCUAAACUACAAAGAGAAACAUUUCAAAUAAAUGUUUAGGACUUAAAGAAUAAUUCCGAUAAAUUACCACUAUAAUAACUAUAUAAAUAAAUAAAUUCAGUUAAACAUUUUGUAAAUUCUCCAACAUAAAGGUAACGAAACAAAAAAAAGAUAAUGUUAAACAAUUUAGAUUUAAAAUAUUUUGUAUAUAAAAAGUAAAAUUCAAAACCAUAUAAAAUGCUGAUCUUAAGGGUUCUAUAAGAAAUCGAAAGCAUUUAUAAGAAUACAACAGCAACCAAAAAAAUGUAAAACAAAUAGCAAUUUUGGAACUAUAUAUAGUCUGGACUAUAUAUCUAUGUUAAGCUUGGACUAUAGAUCAAUAUACUGGGUCUUUAGAUAAAUUCAUAGUCUGGAAUUUAUAUCAAUCUAAAGCCUGAAUUAUAGAUCUAUAUAUUGUGUGGAUUAUAGAUCAAUAUAUAGUUCGAUCUAUAAAUCUAUCUUUAUUUUAGACUAUAGAGCAAUCUUUAGUUUGGUCUAUAGAUCAAUCUAUAGUGUCAAGUAUAUAUUAAUCUAUAGUCUGGACUAUAUAUCAUUCUAUAUACAUAUAUUCUGUACAACACAUUAAUCUAUACUUUGCACUAUGGAAACAUCUAUAAUCUUUUGAAUUGUAGACAAGUGUUUACAGAAUCUUUUUCAGAGACAAAUGUUUGUAGAACACUCUUUUCUAUAUGCAAGAGCAUUUCCUAUAGACAAGUGUUUGCUGGAGUUAUACUUCUAAAGUAAAGUGUCAAUAGAAAACACCCUACUGUAGACAAUUCUCAAAAGAAGACACUCUACUAUAGAAAAAUAUCUAUAGAAAACAUUCUACUACAGACAAAUGUCUAUAGAAAACACUCUACUAUAGACAAAUCUCUAGGGAAGGCAAUCUUUUAAAGACACUUUUUUAAAAGUCAAUUUCUAUAGAAGACAAUCUUCUAUUGACAAAUGGGCUAUUCUAUCCAGAACUGUUAAUAUAUGCCACUCUUCUUUAGACAAGUGUCUUUUAAAGACAAGUGUCUAUAAAAGACACUAUUUUAAAGAACAUGCUCUUCUAUAGAAAAGUCUCUAUGGAAGACACUCUUUUUUAGACACUUUUCUAUAGCCUCUUCUAUUGACAAGUGGAGUAUUACAUCAAAAAGUUUUAAAAGAUGCCACUCUUUUUUAUACAAGUGUCUAUAGUAGACCCUCGUCUAUUGACAAAUGGAUUAUUCUAUCCAGAACUGUUAAUAGGUGCAAAUCUUCUUUAGACAAGUGUCUAUAGAAAACACUCUUCCAUAGGCAAGUUUCUAUAAAAGACACUUUUUUAAAGACAAGUGUCUAUAAAAGACACACUUCUAUAAACAAUAGUCUAAAGAACAUACUCUUCUAUAGCAAAGUCUCUAUGGAAGACAAUCUUUUAUAGACACUUUUCUAUAGCCUCUUCUCUUCUAUUGACAAAUGGGGUAUUACAUUCAGAAGUGUUAAUAGAUACCAUUCUUCUUUAAACAAGUGUCUAAAAAAACACUCUUUCGAAGACAAGUAUCUAUAGAAGACACUCUUUCAAGGACAAGUGCCCAUAAAACACAGUCUUCUAUAAACAAGCUUCUACAGAACGCGCUAUUCUAUAGAAAAGUGUCUACAGAACACACUCUCCUAUAAACAAAUGUCUAUAGAAGAUAUUCUUCUAUAAAAUUGGCUUCACUCACUAUAGACAAGUGUCUAUAGAAUACGUCAAUAGAAGACACUCUUUUAUAGAAAAGUGUUUACAAAAGACAUACUUCUAUAGACAAUGUCCAUAGAAGGUACUCUUCUUUAAGUAAGUCUAUAUAGAUAUAUUUUUUUAGAGAAGUUUCUACAGAACACUCUUCUUCAGACAAGUGUUUAUAGGUAUAUGUCUAUAGAAAACACGCUCUUAUAGACAACUGUCUAUAGAAGACACUCUCGUACAAAUAAGUGUUUAAAGAAGACACAAUUCUAUAGGUAUGUGUCUAUUAAAGAUACUCUAUACACCAGGCUGUAGAAGGCACUCUUUUAUAGACAGUUGUUCACAGAAGACGUUCAUCUAUAGAUAUGUGACUACUGAAGACAUGUGUCUUUAUAGACUAGUGUCACUUCUGUAGGAAAGUGUCUACCAAACAGAUUUUUCUAUAGGCAAAUGUCUACAAUACUUUUCUAUAGACAAGGGUCUACAGAAUACACUAUUCAAUAGAAAAUGGUUUACAGACUUUUCUAUAGACAAGAGUCUACAGAAUACACUAUUCUAUAGACAAGAGUCUAUAGAAGGCACUUUUCUAUUGAUAGGUGUUCAAGGAAGAAACUCUUUUUAGACAGGUUUCUAUAGAAGCCUAUCUUCUUUAGACAACUGUCUACAGCAGACAAUCUUCUUUACAUAGGUCUCUAGGAGACUCUUUUCUAUAGACAUUGGCGUAUAGAGGUCUUAUUUCAUUAGUUUUGAAAAAAAUACAGUAAAAUAUUUUCAUUUGUAUUUCAAAAAUUUGCACAAAUGUGUUAAAUUUGUGCAAAUUUGGGAUA